AUGGGCUUGUGGCGUUACCGCGUUAGGCUUUGCAGCCGGUGGCGCAGUGCCGCCGUGCGCUGCGGCGGUUGGCCGGUGCUGCGUCAGCGGCCGGCCGGUGGUGGCAGUGAAACGAGAAAAGAAGUAGGAGGGAGAGUGACGAGGCCCAGCUAUCACCACACGAAGCGCGGAGCACAAAAAAUGUCUGCUCCCGCAGCGGCCGUCUCCCCUGCCCUCCGCUUCUCCUCCGCCAUUCCUCUCCACCGGCCGCUCCGCCGGCGGCUCCCGUCCGUCCGGUGCUCCCUUGCCGCCGCCCCCGGUGUCCGGGCGCCACCGGAGCUCGUCGACUCCAUCCUCUCCAAGGUAAAUGGAACUGACCGAGGAGCGUUGCUGCCUAAAGAUGGGCACCAGGAAGUGGCUGAUGUCGCGCUACAGUUGGGGAAGUACUGCAUAGACGAGCCCGUCAAGUCCCCACUUAUAUUUGGAGAAUGGGAAGUUGUGUAUUGCUCGGUGGCGACGUCUCCAGGAGGGCUAUACCGGACACCUCUUGGCCGCCUGAUAUUCAAAACUGAUGAGAUGAUCCAGGUGGUGGAAGCCCCUGAUGUCAUCAGGAACAAGGUGUCAUUCUCCGUCUUUGGUCUGGAGGGUGCAGUAUCAUUGAAAGGUAAGCUGAAUGUACUGGACAGUAAGUGGAUUCAGGUCAUCUUUGAGGCCCCAGAAUUGAAGGUAGGUUCCUUGGGGUUCCAAUACGGUGGUGAGAGUGAGGUCAAGCUGGAGAUCACUUAUGUCGACGAGAAGAUCAGGCUAGGAAAAGGGUCUAGAGGCUCGCUUUUCGUGUUCCUCAGACGAGGAUAGAACGGCAUGUGUGCACUGGCAUAUGCUUGAGAUCACAAGCACAAGGGAUGGCACUGAUGCGGUCGUCUGUACAAUAUUGUAUUCAGGAUUUCACAUGUAAAACUCAGAAGUCAGUUUGGGUAGCAGUUUUUCUGCAUAUUGUAACCUGAUGAAGAACGUUGUCUCGCCCUUUGUGACGACAACCGACAACGCAUGUAGCGUUCAUUGGUGUUGUGAGAUGAUAUUUUGUUGAUUCAGUGAGUUGUUCGGAAUUUGAA